AUGGAGCAGCUUGCAAAUGCUUAUAUCAAAAAUGUUGUGAGGUUAAAUGGAGUUCCAAAGGAUAUUGUGUCUGACAGAGACUAUAGAUACCAUGCGAGUAUUGACAUGACACCAUUUGAGGCAUUGUAUGGAAGAAAGUCUUGUAGCCUUGUGUGUUGGAACGGCAUAAGUGAAAAAAUGAUUUUAGGGCCUCAAAUGAUAGAAGAUACAGUCAAGAAAGUGAAGGAGAUUCAAGCUAAGAUUCAAGCGGCGCAGGACCGUCAAAAGAGUUACGCAGAUUCGAAGCGUAGAGAAGAAGAGUUUGAAGUUGGUGACAAAGUGUUAUUGAAAGUGUCACCAAUGAAAGGUGUCAUGAGAUUUGGGAAGAAAGGGAAACUUAGCCCAAAUUCCAUUGGUCCAUAUGAGUUAUUACAAAGGAUAGGCAAAGUAGCUUAUAGGUUGGCCUUACCUAUGGAGCUGACCAAGGUGCACGAUGUAUUUCAUGUGUCUCAAUUGAGAAGGUACAUACCUGAUAAGUCACAUGUUUUACAACCCAAAACAAUAGAGUUAGACCAAAGCUUAACUUAUAGGGAAAGACAGGUCAAGAUCCUUGAUAGCAAGGUGGGUAUUGCACGCAACAAAAAAGUUAAGAUUGUUAAGGUGCUAUGGUCUAACCAAGAAUAUGAGGAAGCAACUUAG